GCUCCUCUCAUUGCGGGUCCAGCAUGUGUCAAUCACGCUACCUCCUCCUUUUGGCUACUCUCGUCCUCCUAAACCACCUCAGUUUGGCCAGGGUCAUACCAGUCUCUGGACCUGCCAAGUGUCUUAGCCAGUCCCAAAACCUGCUGAAGACCACGGAUGACAUGGUGAAGACGGCCAGAGAAAAACUGAAACAUUAUUCCUGCACUGCUGAAGACAUUGAUCAUGAAGACAUCACAAGGGACAAAACCAGCACACUGGAGGCCUGUUUACCACUGGAACUACACAAGAACGAGAGUUGCCUGGCCACUAGAGAGACUUCUUCCAUAAUAAGAGGGAGCUGCCUGCCCCCACAAAAGACUUCUUUGAUGAUGACCCUGUGCCUUGGUAGCAUCUAUGAGGACUUGAGGAUGUACCAGACAGAGUUCCAGGCCAUAAAUGCAGCACUUCAGAAUCAUAACCACCAGCAAAUCAUUCUGGACAAAAACAUGCUGAUCGCUAUUGAGGAGCUGAUGCAGUCCCUGAAUCAUAACGGCGAGACUCUGCUCCAGAGACCUCCCGCGGGAGAAGCAGAUCCCUACAGGGUGAAAAUGAAGCUGUGCAUUCUCCUCCACGCCUUCAGCACCCGCGUCAUGACUAUCAACAGGGUGAUGAGCUAUCUGAGCUCCUCCUGAAAGGCUCAAGGCCCUUCGCGAUAGCGGCCUCCUCCCACACAGA